AUGUCUCAAAUACCAAGUACAACAACAACACAAACACCAACUCCACCAGCUCCAGAAACAGUCAUAGAUAAUGAGUUUAGUUUAUAUACCAAGACUUUAACAUUCAAUGUCAUUGGGCGUUAUGAUCCAAAAAUUGAUCGUUUAUUAUAUCAUACUUCCCAUUGUGUGGUUUAUAAAUUUAAUGAUUCACAAGAUUGGGAACAAACAGAUUAUCAAGGUGUUAUGGCUGUUUAUACAAGAAAAAAAUCAGAAGAUGAUACCGAUGUUGAUGAUAUUUAUGAUCAUGGGAUAAUCAUAAUGAAUAGAAAUACACCUGAAAACUUUAGUUUAGGUUUAUUAUCUAAAAAUGAUAGUAGGACUUUAGGUUUAUCAGAAAUUAAAACUGAAUAUCAAACUGAUUAUAUCAUUAUAAAGAAUUUAGAAGGUGAAAUCUUUGGGUUUUGGGUUCAUGAAGAACAAGAUAGAGAAGGAAUUUUUGCUUUGAUUAAGGCUAUUGUUGAUAGAGAAUGA